AUGGGUUCCACCGAGCGGGAAAGCACCUGCUACAACUCCGCCUAUCUCGCGGAAUACUACGACAUCUGGACCGGAAAACGCAAUGACACCGCUUACAAUGAAAAUUCCCUCCUUCAGAUGAUCGCCUCUCCCCAAACCGCCUCCCCACUGCUCGUACUGGAUGUCGGCACCGGCACCGGCCGGCUCAUCCAGGCGAUGACUCGUCAUGCAGCGGCCACUCCCGGGGUCUCCCUUGCCAACGUGGAGUUUAUCGGGCUAGAUAUCGAGCCGCACAUGUUGUCAAGGGCGGAGGCGAUCAACGCCACUCUGGCGGUCGAGACCGGAUGUGCGCGCAUCACUUGGCUUCUAGGGUCUGCGCUGGAAAUGUCUGCCCUACCCAUCUUCCACCAACAGCAUUCAAUGCAGAAGAGGACCGUCGACCUCCUCACCAUCGGAUUCGGCAGUAUCUCGCACUUCUAUCUCCCGGGUCAGCCGGAGAGAUUCCUGGCUGAGGUGGCUAGAGUCCUCACCCCCGGGACCGGGCAAGCCCAAAUCUCCGUGGUGAACAAGCUUCUUGUCGACCCAGAGCGCGGUCUGGACAAGGACAUCACCGAUCCGCUGCCGCCCAGUGAGCAUUCUAGUGUCGGGUUUCCAGGCGUGGUGUAUCGUGAGAAGGUCACGGAAAACGGGGUCCAGGGGAACGUGUGGCGCGUUGUGCGGCAUAUUGAGGUUUGGAAAGGUCAUGACACGCUCCUCGAGCGGAAUAUCGACACAGCGGUAUUUCGGCCUCUUGCGAAUUUGGCACCAAGCCAGGAUGUGAUUAAAGAGCUUUGGUGUCAGAUACUGGAUUUAGAGGAGGAAGAUGUGGAAUCCGACUCGAACUUCUUUGCCUUGGGGGGCGAUUCUAUCGAUGCGCUGAAAGUAGCGCGACUGGCUCAACAGGCCAGAAUACCCCUAACAGUCCAUCUGAUGAUCCGCCAUCCACGAUUGUCCGACCUGGUCCGGGCAGCGGCCACACAACCGCUCCAACCAGUGCAACAAGAAGAGCCUGCCCACCCGGCCUCCUCGCACCCCAGUCGUUUCAUUCACAUUUCUUCCUCUCAGCAGAAUGAGGUGUUAUCGCAGGCUGUACAGCAAUGUGAGGUCGUCGAGUCAGCAGUGGCCCAUCUCGUUCCGUGCACCCCAAUGCAGACGGGUCUCAUGGUGUUGACCGCACAACAACCGGGCUUAUAUUGGGCGGAGCAAACCUUUGAAAUUCCGCCGGACUGGUCCGUGGCGCAGGUAGAGGCUGCGUGGGCCAGGGUUGUCGAGGCCAACGAGAUCCUCCGCAGUCGCAUCAUUCAGCUUCCUGAUGGGAACUGCUAUAUGGCAGUGUUGCAUUCUCAGGCGGUGGCCACGAAGCCUGAGAAGACCAUGAGACCCAGCAGAAGGUCCCCCUUUGGCAAGCCUCUCAUUUACUACUGGGUUGAGCCUGGACGCCUGCGCUGGCAUGUUCAUCAUGCUAUCUACGAUGCGUGGUCGCAACGACUGAUUCUGGACGCCGUAGUGGAAGCGUACCGCGAUCUCUCAAGUGCCCAAAUCAUCCAUCCCCCGUUUUCUGCGUUUGCGAGUCAUCUCGCGCAGAAGAAUCCCCGCUCGUCCACGAAAUUUUGGCGACAGUAUCUCCACGGAUUCGAGGGUCAGCCUUUCCCUCGGGCCGUGUCUCUAGGUGAAUCGACGGUCCAGGCACAUGUUUCCGGCACGUCUCUCUGGGGCCGUGAGCAGCAACAUCUGGGGUUCACGGCCGCCACCGCAAUCCAGACAGCAUGGGGUCUUGUCCUGGCGCGGUACAACGAAACAUCAGAUGUGGUAUUUGGCGUGGUUAGCAACGGACGCACGGCGGAAGAAGUUUCUGGUGCCGACAUCGCUAGCAUAAUUGGACCAACUAUUGCCACUUUUCCAUUUCGUCUACAAGUGGAUGAAAGCUCCACCACCGUUGCGGCGUGUCUGGCAUCUGCUCAAGAGCAACAUGGCGAUUGCCUACCUCACGAACAUGUGGGACUGGCGCACAUCGCCUCCCUGGGCGAAUCUGGCCCCGCCCAGGCCACGCGCUUCCAGAGUCUCCUCGUCGUCCAGCCGGAUGACGAACCAAAAAAUAGCAGUAGCCCUAUUCGAGAGGUCUUGGGCGAGCGACGCGACGAUUACAUGGACUACCCCUUGUCCCUUGAGUGCUUCCUCGCUUCCGGCGCUAUCCGCCACUCGCUCACAUACACCGAGUCCUGCAUGAGUCGUUGGGAGGCGGAGCAACUGCUCGCACGGUUCAUUCACGUCCUCAACUGGAUUGUCCAACCGGCCAACCAAUACUCUCUCCUCUCGGAGCUCCAGCUCUGGACCUCCUCCGACGCCACCACUAUGCAGCAAUGGCAUGCUACUCCUAUCUCCUUGGUCACAGAAUGCCUGCACACCCGCAUCGAGCAGAAUGCCUCUGCCGGACAGUGGAACGACAGCCCAGCUGUUGUGGCAUGGGAUGCGGAGCUAACCUAUCAGCAGCUUCUGGCAGUCUCUCGCCAUCUCGCCCAGCAACUGCAGGCGGCGGGCGUCGGCCCGGAGGUGCUGAUACCUAUCGCGCACGAGAAGUCCGUUUGGUCAGUGAUCAGUAUUAUUGCUGUCUUGCAAGCCGGGGGAGCCUUUGUGCUCUUAGACAGUGGCCUGCCGGUGGCACGCAUGCAGACCAUGAUUUCCGUGGUGAAUGCGCCCCUCGUCAUCUGCUCGCAACAGCUGAAAGGCAAAGUGAUGGACCUCGCAGAUCGGGUCUUGUGUCUGGAUCCAGAACGACGUGCUGAUCUGCUACGACGAUCCACUACCCAUCCUCUCCCCCUUCACCUCCCAUCUGGAGCCACCGCCGAAAACGCCGCGUAUGCUGUGUUCACAUCAGGGACGACGGGCAUUCCGAAGGCAGUGGUAGCCGAGCACCGUCAGGUAGCCACCGCAUUCGAGGCUCAGGCCCAACAGGGGAUGUUCCAACGUGGUCGGCGCAUGCUGCAGGUGGCCACCUACAGCUUUGAUCCCUCAAUCGCGGACAUGUUAGGGCCGCUGCUAGUGGGUGGGGUGGUGUGUAUCCCACGUGAAGACGAGGUCCUCACGGAUCUGGCUGCCGUGAUCAGCCGAUUUCAGGUAGAUGUGAUUGAUAUUACGCCCUCAGUAGCCAAUCUUUUGGACCCAGCGGAGGUUCCAACGCUGAAGGAGUUGCGCCUGGGCGGAGAGACUGUCACUGCCGCUCAGUUAGCACGCUGGACGAGCAGCCACAGCUCCUCUCCGCUCGCGUUUCACAACAGCUACGGGCCGAGUGAAUGCUGUGUAACUGCUGCACUGACCCCACCGCUUCAUGUCGCUGCCAAUCCGCUCAACUUUGGUAUCCCUGUCGGUUGUCGCAUGGCGAUCGUGAAGCCGAAUGACCCGCACCAGCUGGUAGCACUGGGGCUUGUGGGCGAACUGGCCAUCCAGGGCCCGAUCGUGACUCGAGGGUAUCUCAAUAAUCCCGAUGCACAGGCCAAGGCAUUCUUGGAAUCUGCCCCAUGGAAAGACAGCCAUUCGUCAUCGCUUUCUCAUCACCCCAGCUGGGCCUCGCGUGUCUAUUUGACCGGAGAUUUGGCGCGCUUCGCGCCAGAUGGGUCCGUGAUCUUCGUCGGUCGGAAGGACCAUCAGGUCAAGCUGAACGGGCAACGGAUCGAGCUCGGGGAGAUUGAAGCGACCGCACGGAAGCACGAAGGGGUGGAGGCCGCGGUCGCGAUGGUCAUCAAAACCAAUGGGUGCUCCGAGCUGGUGCUGGUAGCCCAGUGCGGUUCCGGUCCUCGUAAUGACCUAGGGCUGCAACUCCAGGAUCGGCCCGAUCUCCAUAGCUCGCUCCAACAACAUCUCGCCGCCCUCCUGCCCGCAUACAUGGUUCCAGCCAUCUGUCUGCUUGUCAACCUAAUCCCACUCUCCUUGGCCGGUAAGACAGAUCGCAAGGGCCUCCAGCAGUGGGUGGAACAGCAACCAAACUUGUCAUCCUGGCGCACAAGUACGCCGACAGCCACCAUCCCGGCCUCGGACACUGUAGCCCAAAAGCUAAGCCAAUUGCUUGCUCCCUCGUUACCUACCCUCGCAUCUGGAUGGGACUCAGAUAAUCCACCUGAUGUUGCCCCAGUCGCCGCAGGACUGGACUCCAUCCGCAUGGUCUCAUUUGUGCGCGCUAUCAACCACACCUUCGGCGUCCGGCUGCCGCUCAGUCGCAUCCCACGCGCGAUGGUGCUCACCGAACUCGCUCACGAGGUGCGUCAACUGCAGCGUGGCCCGAAUAGUGGCGAGGACGCACCAGAAAGCGAUGCCGCACAGGACCAGGACGAGCUCGACCUAAUGCUGGCGGAUCUCCAGAGCGGAAUUCCACACCCACCACUAACGCUUGCCUCCCCUUCUCACCCGCCGCAAUCUCCCCCAUCCACCAAGCACCAUGUUUUCUUGACAGGUUCCACCGGCUACGUGGGAACCGCCAUCCUUCACCAACUAGUGACCGAUCCACGCGUACAAACCGUCUACCUCCUGGUCCGCAGUCCCGAUUCGGCCACCGGUCUCGAGCGCGUCCAAGCCGCAGCCAUUACAGCCGGUUGGUGGGACGAGGCGAUGCACGCUCCAAAGGUGCAAAUCUGGCCUGGCGAUCUCUCUCGACCGCACCUUGGACUUUCCGAUGCGUCGUGGAACCAGCUAGCAGGAACAUGGAGCAGUCAGGGUGCGUCUGAGGACGCAGCAGUACCUCCUCCAAUCACCGCGAUUAUUCACAACGGCGCUCUCGUGCAUUGGCACCGCAGCUACGCCGAGCUACGUGCCGCUAACGUCCACGCCACCGCGCAGCUCGUCGCGUGCGUCGCCUCCAACCCGCACAUCACGCACUUGGAAUACAUCUCCGGCGGCGCGCAAUGGGAUCCCGCCGAUCCGCGGGUAGUGUUCGAACCCGCGACGCUGCGCCAUAAACUUCGGGAGACGAAUGGGUAUGGGCAGAGCAAAUUGAUCGCCGAGCAGAUCGUGGCGUGGACGGCGGCGCAGCAACCAACGACGAUUCCUCGUUCUAAACUAGGCAUUCUGAAUCCUGCUCUCAUUAUCGGCGGAGCUCGCAGCCACCGGUACGCUGCUAACCUCGAUGACUUGCUCUGGCGUCUAGUGAGUGCGUGCGUCCUGAUCAGCGAAUACUAUCCGGAGCCUGAGCCCCAGCGGGCUUGGAUUUACGUCUCGACUGCUGAUGCUGUCGCGGACGCGGCAGUGAGUGGUUUGCUUGGAUCUUCCCCGCCGGUGGAUACUAGGACUACUGCCGCGGCCACUGGAGGAUUACAGACAAGAAAGAUGAUACUUAGCGGGCUGCGGGUGGGCACAUUCUGGGAUGCGGUGAACGCCGGCUUGGAAGAGGAUGGGGCACAAAAGACAAGGCCUUUGAGGAAAAGUGUCACGUAUGCGGCCUGGAUUUCACGGCUGAGUGAGUCGAUAGCUGCGGUUGGGGAGGCCCAUCCUUGUUGGCCGGUUAUGCAUGUCAUUGAGACCAUGGGGACCCAGCUGCUGAGUAGUCCCAUGCCUCCUACAUCUGCAUGGGGGCCUGGGGAGAGGUGGGAGGAGGUAGAGGAGGACAUGGCGCGGGCUGUAACCCUCAAUGUGCGCUACUUGAAAGAAAUUGGGUAUCUGGGGAGAACUGGGGCGGCUGGAACGGAGAUUACUGGUGGGUUUCGGCGGAGAGGUUAA